ACCGGAAGCCUCGAGGUUUAGUCCCGCCCCCCUCUCCUCGCCUCUUAGGCUCCGCGGCCUCCAAGCUGUAGCUAUGACGGCGCGCGGGACUCCGAGCCGCUUCUUGGCCAGUGUUCUCCACAACGGACUGGGUCGCUACGUGCGGCAGCUGCAGCGUCUGAGCUUCAGCGUCAGCCGCGACGGCGCCUCGUCUCGCGGCGCCAGGGAGUUCGUGGAGCGGGAGGUGAUCGACUUCGCCCGACGGAACCCAGGGGUCGUAAUAUAUGUAAACUCGCGUCCGUGCUGCGUGCCCAGAGUAGUGGCCGAAUACCUUAACGGGGCUGUGCGCGAGGAGAGCAUCCACUGCAAGUCGGUCGAGGAGAUCUCGAUGCUGGUGCAGAAGCUGGCCGACCAGUCGGGCUUAGACGUGAUCCGCAUCCGCAAGCCCUUCCACACCGACAACCCUAGCAUCCAGGGCCAGUGGCACCCCUUCACCAACAAGCCGACCACGUUCCGCGGGCUACGCCCCCGAGAGGUUCAGGAUCCUGCCCCAGCCCAGUGCCUGCUUCUGGGGCAGUGACCUUGUGAACCACUCAUUUUUAUGCAAGUGGCAUCCCUAAAACCUGAGAUGAGGAAGACUUCAAGGGUUUUACAGGGCCCUUGUUUUUUAAAUCCAAAUUGAUAAUAAUGAUCUCAAAACACAGUGAGAGGUCCGAAGGCUGGCUUCUGAAGAAUCCCUGAUGUCUUACUGGUACAACCACUGAACUAUGGAGAGCUCUGCUGUGAUGGGCUAGGCACUUUAUAUCUGUGUGAAUACAGAUUUAUAAAACUCAGGUUAAUAAACUUAUCCAAGGUCACAUUUCA